AUGCCUCGCCAAUCCUUCGGUCGCACAUCGCGCGUCUCCAAUCCCAAUGUCUUCUCCGACGAAUACUCCCUAGAACCCAUCUAUGUCGACCAAAUUGAGCGCGCACCCAGCCCUACCUCCUCCAUCGCCUCCUCAACUACCUUAACCCACCCAGCUCAAAAAGCAGUUGGUGCGACCGCAGCAGAAAACGACGAUCCAUUCGCCGAUGAUGCCCGGUCCUCGAAUGACGAACCACAUCGAUCCAGCUUACCCCAGAAGGGAGCAUUCGCUAACAACCGCAAUUCUGUCACAUCUCCCAACAAUACUCCCUUUGCUGUGCAAAGGAAUCAGAGUGUCUCUUCCCGCUUUUCGAUACCGCGCGCUCUCAGCCCCUACACCGGCGCGACCGGCCCUAGCCAUCCCUACUCGAUGUACCCCCAGGUUGGUGUCAGUCGCUCCCCGAGUGUAGGAAGCACUUCGACCAUCCGUCCAAUCGAUCGUCCAUUGGGUGAAACGAGUGGCCCUCAGCAUCCCUAUGGGAUGUAUUCCCAGAAUGUUGUCGAAGAAGGGAUAGACGACGACAUCCCGGUCGGCUUUCCCGGUCUAAACUCAUCAUACCAGCCACCCCCAAGUCGACGAAUUGAUGAUGUUGGCGAUAUUAUUGGACCAGACGGGCACACGGAACCUUUACCUCCUUAUUCACGCUACCCUACAGGAGGGGGUCCGAAACCCCCUGGUGUGGAGAUGGAGAAUUUGGCCAACGGGAACAGCCCUGUCGAUAUCCACCUACCACCACAGGAAGAGCAGCAACUUAGUACGACUUCGACUUCAAGAGAACAGCCAAUUUCGAAUACGUCAUCAAGAGCUCUGAUCCCCCAGACAUCCGCGCACAGUGAGCCUAAUGCGGGCCCUGUAGUAGCCGGCGCUACGGGUGCUACAGUAGCCACAGGUAUCAUGGCAUUUGAGGAGAAACUCAAGCAGAAAGGUAAAAGGAAAGUGUGCUGCGGUCUUCCCGUCUGGACUAUUGUUCUUAUUGCGACUGUCAUGUUGAUCGGAGGGUCAAUUGGAGGUGUGAUUGGUGGUGUUCUCGGCACGAGAAAGGCCCAGGAGGCCGAUCGUAAGGCACAAGCUCAACAACAACAGGGGCCGAAAAUUGUGACAGUGACAGCCUCAGCCCAGCUGGACUACUCCUCGUACACAAGUACACCGACGAACUUCAAGCCAGCGCCGACCGGUCAUUAUCUGAUCCCCUCUGUUUUACAAAACUACUCUCGAAUGUGUGUCGAAGAUCACGAUAUUAAAGAAGUCUGGAGCUGCCUGGAAGAACCCAAGGAUUUUGAGGUUUAUGUCGGAAGCUCGGAUGGCCAGCAGUCCAUUGUUUUCGCCAAUGAUAUUGCAACGGCCACCUCUACCUUCUCUUAUGGAGCCCAGCAGCCGAUCCUUCCUACACCCACACAAAAUUUGAGCUUGGUCAUGGAUACUAGCGAUACAGACCUUGGUCCUGCUCUAUUUUUCUGGUCCUACAUUGACAAGCUCGUUAUCCUUCCCGAGUCUGCCCUUGACUCUAGUUCUGCUUCGAAGCGAGACAUUCCAGAGGACCUUUUGGUAAACUACAUGGAACGAAAGCAGGUUGUCCAGUCUGGAGAGAAGCCUUGGUUCUGCUGGUGGAACCAGACGGUUAUGGAGUUUUUCCUCUAUGUCAAUCAGUCUGCAACAGACACUUCUUAUCAUUCUACUGCUGCCUCUGAAGGCAAUCUCGCGGCAAGUAUGGCCACAGCCCAAGCCCAGUCGAAGCGUGAUGACGACAUCGCCAACUACCCCCGAAUCAUCAAGAUGGAAGAACGGCGUGACCAUGCAGGGGCCUCGUCACCAUAUUGCCAGCAGAUGCAGCUGGAGAGCAAUGGCCACAUCCAAACCAUUCCCAACAAAGUGUACUCGGUCCAGGAGAUCGAGCCUACGCCGACCACUACCUACAUCAAUACCGCCCAAGGCUCCAGUCAGACCUACACUGCUAAAGCACAAUGGGCAACGCCGUGUUACUGUUUGUCCUUGUCUGAAUAG